AUGCCAUUUCACAAUCCCAGCAAGAAAUGGAAGGCUUUGACGCCUCAAGAGAGACGACCCUAUGUUGAAGAAGCGGAACGGCUUCGCGUCCAACACAUGCAGGACUACCCCAACUAUAAAUACAGACCCCGACGACGAAAGCACGGCAAACGCAGCCAAAGAGGCGGCCGCACACAAGUCCAUAGCGAGGGAAUGCACAUCAAUGACAAUAUGGCACUCAUGGCUAUGUAUGGCUCGCAGGCCAACACACACGGAGGCCAUAACAUGGAUAAUCCCGACAACUCUUCCAUCAGUUCUCCAUCGCUGGAGUACUGCGGAGUACAGACCCCGGAGUCGUCUCCUCACGGAAGUCCAUUCAAUAACACAAUCGGCGAGUCUUUGAUGCGAAACAACAGAAUCUUAGACUCGUUUCGUUGCGCUAACAAUAACCCCAAUUCUGGUGCAAUAGCUUUCAAUCAACACCAAAACAAUCACAACAAUCACUCCAAUGCUGUUAUGUAUAGUCGAGAUGAGGCCAACCUAUCGCUGACCAAAGACAUGGCAAUCGGCGCUGAAUUGCGAAAUGAAUUCGGAAAUAUGCCCCAAACGAGUGCCUUAAACGACUCCAUCCGAUCCCUACCCACGCCUGAGAUGUCACCCGUGGAGUCGCACGAGAAAGAAAUGCAAAGCCAUCAGAUUCACUAUCAUAACCACAUCCAUAACACACCAUCACAACAGCAACUGCUGUCAUAUCCCACCAAUAUGUCCAAUAUAUCGCGUCCGCUAUCUAUCCAAACCGAUUCAACUCAAUCGCACGCUAUGUUUGGCCAACAAAUGGCUCACAACAAGUCGAGCGCCCCAUUGAGUCAUUUGAUGUCCCGUUUUGACAGCGAUUCAUCAUUCCUACGGCAUCUGAGCCCUCCCUUUAGGCACCGAAUGCCUUCCCAUAUGUCUAAUGGUAUGGCCGACACUCACAACAAUAUACCGCACGAGUAUUCUUCGAGGUCUAUGCUUCAGCACCAGUUGGAACAACCGAGUGGUCAGUCCCGAGCCGUACCACCGAAUUGGCCGCAAUCGCAAACUCAACACAUUCCUAACUAUAGCCGAGAUUCGCGACAAUAUUCUUAUGAAUUUGAUAUCAAACCAGAGCUUAAACCAAAUGUAGAGAUGAUUAACAUUGAGAACAAUUCUGUCGAAAGUCAUCCAAACUAUAACUAUAAUUACAUGACUGUUCCGUCCCAUAUGAAUGACAGCCUUCUCCUCGAAAGCCUUUCACAAAACAAUGAUUUGGAUAAUCUGCUCAUCAAUAAUAGCCAUCACUCAUCCGAACCCAAUCCCCAAAGCAGUCAAUGCGAGCCCCAGACCAACAAACUAAGCGACUGUCAUCCGCACCACCAUCUGAACCAUUCCUUUCUUGUAAUGAAUUCAACGGAACCGCCGAAAGCUCAGACACAAGCGGCCACUCAAGGGGUCGCACAAAUACCUCAGAUGUUAUUGAAUCCAAUGCUAGGCUUACAGACACCUAAUAUUGCAAUACCAAUCAACUGUCCGCCAGGACUCGAGUAUUUGUUAAGUUUAGAUCAGUUGGUAAUCAAACAACAGAUCCAAAUCGUAGAAGUGUUCACAUCAUUUGAGGCCAACAACAGGUAUGACAUUCAAAACACUUUGGGGCAAAAUGUGUUGUUCGCCGCAGAGGAGACCCAUUGCAUGACCAGAAACUGUUGCCGAAACCGUCCGUUUGAGAUACGAGUGGUUAAUAUCGGACAACAAGAAGUGAUGCAUUUGAGUCGUCCCUUAAGAGUUGAUGAUUGCUGUUGUUUUUGUUGUCUGCAUGUAAUGAGAGUGGAGUCACCGCCCGGUAAUAUCAUUGGACAAGUGAUACAAGACUGUCACUGUUUGAGACCAAUCUUCCACAUCGAGAACGGAUCCGGUGUUACAGUGUUGAGGAUUGUGGGACCCAUUUGUACGGCUAGUAUUUGUUGCAAUGAUAUUAAGUUCGAUAUAUUAGCCAAAGACACGAAUCUAAAAGUGGGACAAAUAAUCAAAAAAUACGGCUUCUUUAGGGAUAUGAUGACUAACGCCGAUAUUUUUGGGGUUCAGUUCCCAAUGGAUUUAGACGUCAGAGUCAAGGCUUUACUAUUAGCCGCUACUUUCCUCAUCGACUUUAUGUAUUUUGAAUAG